UUAUAUUUCAUAUCAGUCAAUUCCUCUUCAGUUUUGUGCAAAUUAAAACGACGUUUUUUCUUCUAUCCGUUAGUGAUUUUCACGUUAUAAUUUUUGUGCUUUAUGCAAUAUAAUUACGCGAAGUAAGUGAAAAAAAAACUAGACUCAAUCUAGUGAAGAACCAACAAGGUACAAGCAUUAACGAGAAUAAAUCAGAUUUGUCGUUUAGAAGAACUAUAGAAUAAAGAGAGACACAUUUUGAAUAGCAACGGUAAAGUUCUUGUGCACACACACACACCAACACAUCAACACGGGUAUAGAGAGUAAAAACACUUCAAACGCAGUUAGCCUAACGAAAAAAGUUUUACUCCAAAUUGCAAAGUAAUCAUCAACAUCAUACAUAAACGUUUAAUAUUUUUUCUGGUAAUUUUUCUCAUAAUUCUUACCAAAGCAAUUCGGGAGAAUUAAAAAGUUUUGGCAAUUAAAGUGUUUGUGUGCGUGUGUUACGCAAUUCAGCCUAUCAGCAUCAGCUGGAGAUAAUAUUGGUGAUUUGAGUUCGACAUAAUAAGAAGAAAGAUGAACGGCGUUAAUAGCAGAAAUCUGUUGGGAUUCCUCACCACAAUUUUAAUUGUUUUGUGUAAUUAUGUCAAAAUGGAAACCUGCGAUUUUAACGAGCUUGUUUCGUGUACUCGUCCAUUAUCGGAGAUUUCCGAAUUUUCUGGUCUGUCUUUUCUAUCAAAAAAGUCGGAUCUAGACAAACUAUGCCCUGAUUUACUAGCUGGAUUAGAGUGUAUCCAAAGUUACACGAGGCGUUGCAUGAACCAGGACCAAAGAAAUCAUUUUAACCAGCUGUACCAUGGCACAGGCGAGGUGAUACACGAAUUGUGUGAUAAGGAUUCAAAAUAUCAGGAAGAUUUCUUACGCCAUGCGCCCUGUUUACUACACGUCCAAAAUAAAUAUGAAGAGUGCAGUAAACAUUAUCAGGACACACUGGCUAAACUGCCGGAACCAUCACCGAAUACCACUCACAAGGCGCUCGAAGAAGUUUGCUGCUCUUUUCGGGAAUACAUCUCAUGCACGGAGCAUAUAGUGAAGCACACUUGUGGAAAAGAAGCAGCUCAUUUUACGCGCAACAUUUUGGAUAGAAUAUCAAACUCGUUGAUGCGGUUACAUUGUGAAAAAUUCAAGCCAAAGCCAGGAAAAUGCGGUGAACCGUAUUAUUCACAUUCGUCAACAAUACACUUGACCACAACUGCAUUGCUGUUUUCCGUAUUUGUUUUUCUAUUUUCCGUGCCACACAAUUUCAUUCGGAAAAUAUUUUAACGGAUUUCUGUAAAACGUUAAAAGAUGCAGAGUUUUACUCGUAAACACCGAAGAUUCUUCAACCAGUCUCUAUAGCAUAAAAUCUAGAAUUUAGUUAAUUGUAUUGAAAUGUUUAUUUAAAUCGAAAUAGUGUAGUGUUUUUGUGAAUGUGAAAAUCGAUUCAAUGUGAUUUCGUAAUGCCAUCGAUUGGCACAAAUCAAUCAAAUUGUUAUUGUCGUCCAGGUAGAACUAUCGUCUUUUUUUAAUUUACAUCAAUUAGGAUAUACAGAACAGCUAUUUAGGAAUGUUGCAUUUUUAAUGCAUCAAAACAAAAAUCUUUGCUAACAUUUACCCAUUGAUUUAACUAACCCACAGAAUUUAAAAUAAAUGUUCCGUUAAAUUUCCAUGGAAUUAUGCAAUUAGCAAACUAAUUGAAAUACAAUUAUGUUCGAAAUUGAACGCGACAAAUCAAUUAAGUGAUGUUGAACUUUUGAAUUAGACAGAGUUCAAAAUAUGAAAUGAACAAAAGCAAACGCGCACACACACACACACACACACACACACACACACACACACACAUCAUCUUUACAUAUCAUCAAUGAAUAUAAUUUAUUAUUAUAAAAUCUAUCAUACGUAUGUAUUACAUAUAUAUUUAAAUGUAUAUUAAGAUCUGCCAUUUGAUCUUUGAAAUUAUAAAUGUAUCCAUAAUAAACAGGAGUACAUUGACAAAUAACAUGUAUCUGUAAAAUGCCAAAAUUGAAUUACAACAUUUUCUGCAUUGUUCUUGCACCGAUUAUCAUUCUUAGUGCAAUCAAUCAUUUUCAACAUUAAUUCGUAAUGUUUGCAAUCAAAUGUUUGUCAUUGUAGACGUGUCGUGCUAAUAGACAUAAUAUAGAUUGUAAUUAAUUUGAAAUUAAAUAUUUAAAGAAUACACCGGAUGCAUUUUGCUUUGAAUUAAUGACAUUAUGCCAGAGUGUCAGCGAUAAGACACUUCUAAAAUGUGUCACACUCGUUAUCAAUAUCAUUUUAUUAAUAACAUUUGUUACCUUCAUUGAAAUCAUUAUGCUUUGAUUUGAAUAAAUCUCGAUAAAAUGUAUUUAGUUUAAAAUGAAAAAAAAAAUCGAAUA